AUGACCCUCACAGCUACCAAAUUCACCCCCGAGGUGAUGCUCUCGGCCCCCCGGCGAUCAGCCGGAAUCCCCAAUCCCUCGGGAAAGCUGGCUCUGUACACGGUGUCGACAUACUCCUUCGGUGACCACAAAAAGACUACCCAAAUAAAAAUCCUCAACAUCGAGUCGGGAGACUCGGUCCUGCUGGUCGACGAGCCGGGCUGGAGUGAGCCUGUCUGGCUCAGCAACGAAGAGGUUCUCUAUUUGAAGAGCCGCGACAAUGGCUGCACCUCACUGGUCAUUCGUCAUGUCAACUCCUCCACUGCGGAGUUAUCGUAUGAAGCUGGCUUUAUCAAUGCGCCCAUUUCCAACGUCAAAGUCAAGAAGCUCUCAGACGGCGGCAUCGCCUUUGCUUGCUCAGCCUUGACUACCCCUGGCGGCCAGCUGUUCAACCCUGAGACGGAGAAAAAGCCACACUCUACGGCCAAGGUGUACACCACCCUGUUUGUCCGCCAUUGGGACGCCUGGAACUCGGAGAACUGCAGCUCCAUUUUUUAUGGUGUGUUUGACCACAGCGAUGGCAAGUAUUCACUCCGCGAUAACGCUCUCACCAACGCCCUGGCCGGAACAAAAUUGUCCUCGCCCGUCCCUCCCUUUGGAGGCACCGGUGACUUUGAUAUCAGCGAAUCCGGGUUGGUAUUCGUGGCUAAGGACCCCGGGCUCGACCCUGCCCUCUACACCAAGACGGAUCUCUACUUCAUCCCGCUCAAGACCUUCGCCGAAUCCAAGCCUCCUUCUCCGCAGAUCGUCAAGACAGCUGGUCUGGAGGGCUACUCCAACAGUCCUGUCUUUUCCCACUGCGGCAAGAAGGUAGCCUUCACCCGCAUGCGUAGUAAGCAGUACGAAUCCGACAAACCACGCCUCAUCCUGGCACCGGACAUCUACAAUCCCGACAAGACCCAAGAGUUCUACGCGACUUCUGACAAUGUCGGCGGCUGGGACAUUCGCCCAGAGGCCAUCCUCUGGAGCCACGACGACACCAAGCUUUACGUCACGGCCGAAUCCUACGCUCGCACCCUCAUCUUCCAGCUCCCCUCUACUCCCUCCAAAGCCACCUCCCUCCCCACGCCCAUCAAUACCCCCGACGGCAGCGUCUCCUCUUUCCACCUCUUAGGCUCAGCAGAAAACGACCACCUCUUUGUUACCUCCACCUCCCUCAUCGACAACUCGUGCUACUCCAUCACCCACCCGCUCUCCAACACGUGCAAAGUCAUCUCGUCCGCCUCCAAGCAAGGCAAAUCCUUCGGCCUGUCCCGUGCCAGCCUCGACUCCAUCACCUUCCGCGGCGCCGGGGGCGAUUACGACGUGCACGCCCUCGUCGUCCGCCCUUCCUCCUUCAACAAAGCAGAUCCUCGAAAGAAGAAGUACCCGCUCUGCAUGCUCAUCCACGGCGGGCCGCAGGGCGCCUGGCAGGACAGCUGGUCGACCCGCUGGAACCCGGCCGUCUUCGCCGAGCAGGGAUACGUCGUCGUCUGCCCCAACCCGACGGGCAGUACGGGCUAUGGCAUGGCGCUCGAGGACGGCAUCACCGGCGACUGGGGCGGCCGGCCGUAUAACGAUCUCGUGCGGUGCUAUGAGUGGGUGGUGGACAACAUGCCUGAGGUGGAUGGGGCCAGGGCGGUGGCGUUGGGGGCAAGUUAUGGGGGGUAUAUGAUCAAUUGGAUUCAAGGCCACCCGCUCGGGCGCAAGUUCAAGGCGCUCGUGUGCCACGAUGGCGUCUUCAGCACGCUCAACCAGUGGUGCACCGAGGAGCUGUUCUUCCCGAUCCACGACUUUGAGGGGACGCUCUACGACAACAGGGCGGCGUACGAGAAGUGGGAUCCCGCGCGGUUCGUGGCCGAGUGGGCCACGCCCCAGCUCAUCAUCCACAGCGAGCUCGACUACCGCCUCCCCAUCACCGAGGGACUGGCGGCGUUCAAUGUCCUGCAGGCCAGGAAGGUGCCGAGUAAAUUGCUCGUGUUCCCGGACGAAAACCACUGGGUGUUGAAGCCAGAGAACUCCCUGGUCUGGCAUCGCGAGGUUCUGGCCUGGAUUAACAAAUACUCCGGUAUCGACGACAAGCAGCGGCUAGCGGAGCGGCUGGCGUGAUUUGAGCAGGCUAAUUAAAGGUAUUAUUACGGAAGUAUUCAAGGAGACGGGAAUGCUGGCUGGGGUGACGAGAAAGGCAUUCGAACAUUAUGUGUCCAGUUGGUUGAUAGUGUUCUUAAUACUGGCCCAUGUCACCUGGAAGCACACGAGUGAGGCAUAAGGAGGUGGUGGAUUUCGAGAAAAUAGAGAGGCUGGCAUGCGCACCUGCUUUCGAGACACUCAAAUCAAGUGCUCACAGGAUGAACUUUGGGGGGGGGCCGGGGAUCAAUUCACAUGAAGCCAACUGUCCGGUACAACAAGCAACAACACAAGCGAUGAAUCACUAACGAUAUCUAGUUGGAUGCCCGUCUUGAUUCAACCGCUAUCUGUUUACGACCCUGC